UUUGUAGACGCUAGGCAUAAAUAGGUUAAACAGCUUGCGGUCGUGGAUAAAACCGCUGUUAGUUAACAUCCGUGGUGAUAUUAUGUCCACUGAAAUUAAGGAUAAAAGGACAUGGGGAUUGAAAGAGUUGGUGCUAUUAAUACAUUUACAUACAUAUAUGUUUGAAGAUGGAUAUGACAAUGUGUGCAAAAACAAAUUGUGUAUGGAUGAUGACACAUGUGUAGUUGUGCGUGAAACGUGUACCCAAACGAUGGCUUUGAAGUGUUCUUAAUAAAGUUUAAGUUGGUACACGCGAGUUUACUAACGGACAGUUAAUGCUUCGUCGUCUGUAACUUUUUUUAUUGAUGUUGAUGACACGGAAAUAUAUGAACGCUAUUUAUGUAAACAAUGCGUCAUUUAGAAACUUGAACUGAAUAUUUAUGCGAAUUAUUACGGACUUAUAUUGGAUUGACUUAAAACUAGUAAUUGGUUUAAUCAAGUGAGUGUUCACUUCAAAACGCAUGUUCUGCUAUUGAUGUCUCAAUAUAUUGGAUUAUAUUAUACGAUUGACAACCUUUACACAAUAUUAAACGUUUACACAUAAACAAACAUUUGGAGAUCGUCACAAAAUAUUGACUUUGUAUAUAAACACACAUUAUUGAAAAACUCUUCACAUACCCAGCGAAGCAAAUCUCGCGUGACGCUUUAAUUGCAGUCCAAUAAAAGAAAACAAAGUUAUGAAACCGCAUGAAGAAAUGCGCAAGCAGAUAAGACCAAUGUGCGUAGAGGCAUUGAACCGGCAGUGUUACGUACGAAAAAUAUGAAGUCGGAGGUUUAUUUAAAUUGCUGAUACAAAAAUCAUUUUUGGCGUUCUUAGUUUUGUUACAAAUUUGGAGUUUCCAUGUUUACCUGGGCGAAGAAUUUAUAGUGCAAUUUGUCAAGUGUCCACAUCGCACAGGAAAUCUAUAAAGUAAGGAAAAUACACUCAGUCAAAAUUAAAUUGAAAUGUGUAAGGAUUCAUACUCAAGAGGACACUCGGUUAUUUUUUUAAGUCGGACAUAUAUAAUCGAGCCAUCAUGUAUGUUAAAUUAUUAUUCCUCCUCGCAUGCUGUGGAAGUCCGCUUGUAGCUGGCAGUCAUUGCCAGGUGUGGCCAAAGGACAUAAAGACGCUUCCCUGGGCAACUGAAACAGUUUGUUUUGGUGACCUCGAAAUACAACAGUGGUCUGCGAUGGAUAUAACCGUGACGCCACAUUGGAUGACUUGGUGAACAUGCCAUGGUCUGUGAAAACGCUAUAUAUUUACGGAUUCAACUUAAAUCUAAGCGCUGACAUAUUUCCAACAAAUAACACACUUGAGAAAUUGUACAUUUGCAAAACAGUUUUUAACAAGUUAACAAAUGACUCAUUUACAGCGUUACAUCAUCUAGAGAAACUGGAGAUUCAACAAACAGCGAUGACUGACAAGCAGCACAUGCAAUUGUUCCAGGCUUUAGCUUAUAUAAAUGUUCAAAAGAUAAAUCUUACAUUGUCUGAAAUAGGUCUUACGGAAGACACUCUGGGGAAUUUUACCUUUAUCAGAACCUCUGUAUAUAAGCUGAAUAUGGACUUUAAUAUAAUUAGCUCGCUAAACCUGUCGUUGUUUGCUGGAAUUCGUAAUUUGACAAUAUUGGAAGCAAGGAAUAAUAGAAUAGAAAAUAUAAACGGAUUUGAAGUAAUGGACAAUUUAUUAUCCUUUGAUGUUUCGAACAAUUCAAUCAGCGAACGUACGUUUAAUUUCUGCAAUGCAAGCAAUCAAACGAGUCUCUUUCCGAUGCUAACAUAUCUGGCAUUGUCAAGAAACAGAAUUGGAGAAAUCAAAGAUGAUACAAUGGGAUGCUUGACAACACUAGUAGAGCUUAAACUGGACUACAACGUCUUAAAGGAGUUGAACGUUAGAAGCAUUACCAAUAUGGUCAAACUUCACACGUUAAAUCUGAGAGGUAACUGGUUACGUGAUGUUAUUGCUGCAGACUACAUCAUGUCUCUGGAAAAAAUUGAUAUGAGUAGAAACGAGUUUAGUCCAUUCUUGCCAAGGAUGUGUAACAGUAGCUGCACAAGGAAUAAUAUCAAGGAGUUGAAUUUGGACUACAAUCCGAUCAGACGCAUGACCGAUAAUUAUACCGCAUGUCUUACACAACUGGAAAAGUUAUCAUUGCACAAAACGUCUAUACUUGAACUAAACAACAACUCGUUUGUACAUUUCUCGGCUCUGCAAUUUCUGGAUUUGAGUCAGAUGACAAGGGGUCUUCAGCGUAUCGAAAGGGCUGCGUUUAAUAGUUCAACUCUGAAGUACUUGGAUCUAAGUAGGAACUACAUCCAACUUUACUCAGAUGAUAUGAAGUACAUCUUCACGUUUACGCCUGAAAUUAGAAAUCUGACGUUAUCGUACAAUUUCAAUGGCGAGAUGAACGCGUCCGGUCUAUGUGAAAAUUUUUAUCCGUUGGCAAACCUCGAACACUUGAGAAUCGAACACAUCGGUCUGCAACAGUUUCCAUUGGAAAUUUUCAACUUAUCCAUGAGGUUAAUUAGUUUGAAUGUAGACGAUAACAUUAUCAGAGAUACUGGUCAAUUUGACGCUCACGUCCGAUAUAAUACCAAUAUAAGUUAUUUAUCCGCUGCCAAAAACAAACUUGCAUUUCUUUUCAACCAAAUCUUUCCCGAUGAUGUGAUGAGGUCGUUAAAAGUUUUGGAUAUUCAGGACAACGAAUUCUCUUGCGACUGCUAUGAAAAUAGUUCCUGGUUAAGGGAACAAAUCACAGAGAGAGACGGCAAGGGUUUCAUUGGCAAUAUUCAACUGGUUGGAUGGCCAGAGCACUUCAAGUGCCAUUCGCCCGCAUUAGAAAAAGCCAAAGGGACGCUAUUCCGAGACUUUAACUGGGAUCUACAGAAAUGUGAGGACCCAGGUCGUUUUAAAAUUAUAAUUGCAUAUAGCGCAAUGGGUAGUAUAAUAUUUGUGCUAGUCGUGUUGUCUACUGUAGGCUACUGGAAUAGGUGGUAUCUGCAAUACUUUUGGCAUAAUAUUAGGAAACGGUCUAAAGCUGGCACGGUGCCAGAGAGUGACUUCUUUGAGCAGUCGGAAGGACAGCCACUUCUGCCCGUGAAAUUUGACGGGUACGUACUGUGUGACUCGAAGGGACUAGACAAACAUGCGGUUACCAAGGUGAUCGACAUGUUUGAAAGGGAGCUCAACUACAAGUUACAUUACGAACACCGCGACGGGAGCCUAGGUGGAUCGGCGAUUGACAUGACAUUCGAAGCAAUGGACGAAUCGAAAAACAUCGUGGUGGUGGUAACAGAGAAUCUCAUGCGAGACAGCUACUGUAGGUUCCUCGUAGAAAUAGCGUGCCUCAGUAAAAAGAAAGGUGGUAAAAACAGGUGGGACGUGGUGUUUAUUCUUAUGUCAGACAUAAAUCUUAGGUCCGUCAGCAAGUCGUGGUGUGUGUGGUUUACGAGGUACACAAGCGCAGACUGGACCGAGGAAACGGACAGCAUCCAGAGGAAACUCUUAGAGACAAAAAUAUAUUCAGUGUUUGGGGGCCCUAUACCACAGAACGUCUUAAGGCGCAGGCAUGUUCACGACCAAAAUGAGAACGGCUAAGGUGGUUUUGUUUCUAACAAAUGUAACAUAACAAUGGCGGACAGUGCCUUUAAGAGACUAUUGAGAAGUUUUAUGUUUUCAACAGAUAUCACAUAUAUCAGAGAAAGCUUAAAUAUUAAGGACAUUUGGCGACGUUGGUCAGAUUAUUCAAGGAUGUCUUUGUUUGAAGCACGUUUGGAUUACCGGAGUACAGUACUCAUAACAAACUUACUAAGUCAGGGCAGUUGAGCAAUGUUACAGUAAUAACACAAAAUACGUGGCUUAGAUGGAAGACAAUAUUUAUUGUUAUGGAAAUAUUCAUUUUAUAUCAACUGGUAUGUAUUUUAAAUGUAUUUUGAAGCAAUGAUUAUAUGUGGAUACAUUUAUUAAAGCUAAUUUAUAUGAAAAAAAAAUCAGAAAUUUACAUUGGGAAAUACAGCAGUCAUGUUAAGAAAAUUCUGUAAAUAUGUUCAACUAAAGAAAUGAAUAAUUUCCCCCAUUUUUGAAACAGUAAACAGUUUCUCUUACAUAAUUACCAUAUUUUAACAUUACACUAAGAUAACGUUUCUUUGGUUAAAACCUAUUUAUUUAAGGUCGAUUGCAUCGGAAGCCUAAGGCUUAAUCAAACGCGUUCGAAUUCGUUUCCUGGGUCACACCAGUCUUUGGCUUAAGUUUGUUUAAAAAAGAUCCUACCACGAAAAGAAAUUUGCAUAUAAAUAAGAUAAAUGCAUAGAAAAGUAUUAAUUCAAAAGGGUGGUCUGCUCAAUGAUGAAUUUUGAUGUUGCGUACGUGAUUCGCAUGAUAAUUUUUUAUACAUGUAAACGAUGUUGUGUAACUGAUAUUUUUAUUUGGUUGUUCUUUGUUAUUUUCUUACAUCAACUACCACACUCUGUUAUAUCAAUGCUCACAAUUUCAUUUAAAUUCAUAUACAAUCAAUUCAGCGCAUUUUAAAAGCACAUGCAUUAUAAUCCGAAACGCUGUUUAACCAAAACUUCAUAUACUACAUGCUGUAUAAUACUUUAUGCUACAUACACAAGGUACCGCCUACAUUGCUAGGUAAAACGCAAAACUGAUUUGUUUUAGUAAGUAUUUUACUUUUGCUUAUCAAUAAGUUAACUCAUUGAUUCAUUUUUGGGCUAGGGAUUGUUUACUGAUAUUCUACAGUGUUCAUCGAAACCAUAAAUUUAAAUGCUGUUUGAAUUGCGUUUGUUUUCAGAUUGUUAUUCAACUCAAUAGCAUGUUUUUGUUGUGUUUUUUAAACAAUUAAGGAAUCUGACAUUUUUGGUGUAAGAAUGUUUAAGUGUUAGUAAAAGCAACCUUUGCGUUUUUCACGAACUUCAGCAUUAUGUCUAGCUUGAUGAAAUGUACGAUAAUUUUUCAUAAAUGCCCCCCUCCCCCUCUUUCUUGCCAAUCACGUUCUUGCUACUUACACAUGUGACUAGUUAGAUUACAUUUUUCACUGUAUUGUGGUGGGAAAAAAAUCACUUUACUUUUAUACUAGUCUAGUGAUCUAGUCAUUUGUGUCGUGUUCUGAGAAAACUGGGCAUAAUGAUUGUGCGUAAAUUGUCAUCCCAGAUUAGCUUGUGCAGUCCGCACAGGCUAAUCAGGGACGACAAUUUCCGUUUUUGUUUAAUUUUUCGUUUAAAUGAUGUCUCUUCGUAGCGAACAUCC